AGGCGCGCCGCGGACAGCCCGGUGCUGGCAGCGGCGUCGCGGGGGGGCCCUCGCGGGCCGGGCCGCGGCGCUCCCAAGAUGGCGGCGGGCCCGGGGCGCUGAGGAGGGAGCGCGGUGCCCGGUGCCGCCCGGCGCCGCCCGGCGCCACCAUGCUGCGCUCCAGCGGCUACUUCCGCGGCAUCGACUGCCCCUUCCUCGGCUCCGGGGGGUCGGGGCCGGCCGGGGGCCCCCCCUGCCGCCGGCCCUACUGCCAUUUCCGACACCCCCCGGUAGCGGCGCGCUGCGGAGCCCCCGGUGCGGCCGCCGCGCCGGGCCACGGCGCAGAACGGGGCUAUGAUCCCUACAACCCAGAGCUUCCGAGGCCCUCGCUGGAGGUGGAGGAUGAUGCCCUGGCUGAUGUUACAGACAUGACACCUGGCAUUCUGGAGCUGGAGCUGGUCAACAAGGCCAUCGAGGCAGUCAAAAACGAAGUUGAGAGAGAACAGAAAAAGUAUGAGGAGCUGUUGGAAACAACCAAGGAGCUCAGUGCUUCAGAGGCCUCCUCGCUCAUUUCCAAAACACCCGUGUCAGCUGCUGUGACACCGAAUGAUUCAUUCACCUCCUUAGAGUAUAAUCCAGGUAGCUACAACUUUAAUAAUAACCCAGACUACAAUCCUACUCCUCUCGCUGCUGCUAGCCAGUCAAGUAAAUACACUUUGGAUACUGCACGAUCUAAAGGUAGCGCGCUGGAAUAUGUUCCCAAGGCUGUAGCGCAGACUAAAAAAUACAGUAGCACUGUCACUAACAAUAAAUACGUGAUUGAUGACUCUAAGCCUUCUACAGACUUGGAAUACGACCCACUUUCAAAUUACUCAGCCAGGCUUCUGAGCAAAGCUACGACAAAGGAGUCAAAGGGGUCUAAAAGAGGUAGGGCCCCCAGUUAUGAGGAAUCUUACUCUCCUUCACGAAAGAAGCUGUGUGAAAUACCUGAUGAAUAUGAAGUCUAUGCCAGGUUCUCCUCCUCUGAAGAUGAGGCUGAUGCGGAAUAUAAGCCAACUUCUGUUAGUUCACAAUCAAAAGCUGGUUCUGAAAGUGAAUCAAACGAUGGAAUAUCCAGCAAAGAGCGGAGCACCAGAUUGGAUGACUUUGCUUCCCAGGAUAGCAAAGAAAUGGCAGCACGGUAUGGCACGGAGGAUCUUCUAAGUUCACAGAAAAACCUUGCCAAAAACUUACCAGACAAGAAUGCAAAAGCAGUGAAAUCAUGUUCUGGUAAGAAUGACCAGGAAACUGAAAAUAAAAACAAAGACUUGAAAGACAAAACAAAGAGGAGGAAAUCAGAUGUUAGCAAAGUGCCUAGCCUCAGUGAGGUUGGUAAGAAAGAGAAAAGUAAAAAUAUGGAAAAAGACAAAAUACUCAAGAAGGAAGAAAAAUUAAAAACAAAGAACGAGGAGAAAAACUGCAAAGAUAAAAGUGUCAAAGUGAAAACUGAUGGGAAUUUAAAGAAACCUGAAAAACAGAAGUCAGAAAAAGUGGAUGGGCUUAAGAAAGAAAAAUCCAAGUCUGCCAGCAGUAGUUCAGGGAAAAGCAAGGGUGAGGGUGUCAUCAAAGGCUCUAGCACGGAAAAGCUGGGCAGCAGCAAGAAAGAUUCCAGACUGAAAACAUCCGAUGUGAAAAAUGGUAAGGAAACCUCUGGUCGUAAAAACAAAGACAAAGGGACCAAGACCCCAGCACUGGAACGAAAGAAAGAGAAGGUCAGCUCUGCGGAAAAAGAGCCGAAGAAGAGUCGGAAGCAGCAGAGCCUGAGUCACGUUGACCUCUUUGGAGAUGAGAGUGGGGACGAUGAUGACAAAGGCAAGCCUAUGCCAUCCACUUUACUUGACGUUAGCUCAGAUUCGGAUGGUGAUGACUGUGGUUCAAGCUCUCAGAGUGAAAAUGAAGGGACAAAGAAAGUGAAGCGGUCUAAGUUGUCAAAGUCAUCAUCUUCUUCCUCAACAUCUGAUGACAUUGAUUAUUCCGUCCUUGAGAAAGACUUGGACCUAGAGUCAGACCCAAUGGAAGAGUGUCUCAGGAUUUUUAAUGAAUCUACAGAUGUGAAAACUGAAGACAAGGGGAGGCUGGGGAAGCAGCUGUCAAAAGAGGAAGUAAAUGAAGAAAAAACAGAAGAUAAUUUAACUACCUUAUUUCCUGGCCAAAAAAGAAGGAUCUCUCAUCUUGUCAAACAAGGAAAUGCGGAGGUCCCGAGCAAGCCCGUAGUCCGGCCGUACCGUCCGCCCACCGCUCAGGAGGUCUGCUACCAGAGGAUCCAGCUGGCUCAGCAGCAGGCGGCACAGCUGGCUGUGGCAGUUCAAAAGGCGUCUCUUUCUUUGCCAGGAGAAAAGAGGAGGAUUGCUCACGUGCCAAAUGUAGCCGUUUCUGCAGCAGUCAAACAAAGCCUCGUGAGUGGCAAGAAGGCUGUUGCUGGCAGGAGCGUCACACCUUCCAAUGACUCUGAAGCACCCCCCCUUUCUCUGAAGGCUUGCACCUUAGCUGGGAUGGCUUCAAAGACCACCAGCACCACUGUGCAGAAAAGGAUAGCUCACGUUCCCUCCUUACAGAGCGCCACCUUACAGAGGCCUGUUAUUCCCACAGAAUUUGGUGCUAAAGUCCCAACAAACAUUCGUCAAAGAUAUCUCAAUCUCUUCAUUGAUGAGUGCUUGAAAUUCUGUUCCUCCUCCCAGGAAGCGUUUGACAAGGCUCUGGCAGAAGAGAAGGUAGCUUAUGAACGCAGCACCAGUCGCAACAUCUACCUGAACGUGGCAGUGAACACCUUAAAGAAGCUCCGAAGCCUAGUGCCCAAUUCCCCAUCCAGUACGAACAAGACAAGUAACAAGAAAGUGGUGUCCCAUGAAGCUGUGCUGGGAGGGAAGCUUGCUGCUAAGACCAGCUUUACCCUAAACCGGUCAGGGAGCUUGAGAGCAGAGGAUUUAACAGGAGCUGCCUUGUACCGGCGACUGAAGGAAUAUCUCAUGACUGAGGAGCAGCUAAAGGAAAAUGGUUACCCAAUGCCUCACCCAGAGAAGCCAGGACGUGCUGUCCUCUUCACAGCAGAGGAGAAGAAAACCACUGACUCCUCCUGCAGGAUUUGUUGUCGCUGUGGCACUGAGUACAUGGUCUCAGCCUCUGGAAACUGCAUUCGCAAGGAAGAGUGUGUCCAUCACUGGGGAAGGCUACGCAAGCAGAGAGUGCCAGGUGGAUGGGAAACUCAUUACAGCUGCUGCUCAGGAGCUGUGGGUUCACCAGGCUGCCAGGUUGCUAAACAACAUGUCCAUGACGGGCGGAAAGAGAGCCUUGAUGGCUUUGUGAAGACUUUUGAGAAGUUGCCUACGACGGAUGGUUACCCUGGAAUCUACGCAUUAGACUGUGAAAUGUGCUACACUAAGCAAGGACUGGAGUUGACAAGAGUAACUGUGAUCAACUCUGACCUGAAAGUGGUUUAUGACACCUUCGUCAAACCGGACACCAAGGUGGUGGACUAUAACACCAGAUUCUCAGGUGUGACAGAAGAGGACCUGGAGAACACUAGUAUCACCCUGCGGGAUGUCCAAGCCGUCCUAUUGAACAUGUUCAGUGCAGAUACCAUAUUGAUAGGGCACAGCUUGGAAAGCGAUUUAUUUGCACUAAAGCUUAUCCAUGGCACAGUGGUGGAUACUGCGAUUGUCUUUCCCCACCGGCUGGGUUUACCUUACAAACGGGCUCUCCGGACGCUGAUGGCAGACUACCUCAAGCGCAUCAUCCAGGACAAUGUGGAAGGGCACGACUCCAGCGAGGAUGCCAGAGCUUGCAUGGAGCUGAUGGUCUGGAAGAUCAAAGAAGAUGCUAAAGUGAAACGAUGACUUGCGCUUUCUCUCUCUCUUGUUCCUCCUCCACCUCUUUGAAGCAGUGCAAUAAAUGCUCAGAGUAACACUGUCCACCUGUACGCAGCAGCAUGCUACCCCAGGCUCCCCGUGCACUUGCAGGUAUCUACAGGACGUAAGGACUGCUGCUGGUGCAGCUGAACGGCACCAGCUCACUCCCUGCAGGUCCCUGUGUCCAGGUAGUGGCUCUCAGAUCCUCUUUACUCUGCCCGAGGGGUACAGCAGUUGCCUUGUAGGCAUGGCAAGGUGGUUUUGAGUAGCACAACCAGAGAGAACUCGUUAUUUCUUAGGAGAAGCUUUUAGAGGUAGGUUGGAUACAUGCAGAAGGAUCUUUCUGGUUCAGUUAAAGGUAGAUCUCUUUAUUAUUUUUUUUCAAAUGUAACUUAAAUUGCCUCUGUACUCCAAAGCAGUUAGCUUCCUGCAGGGUUUGGAGAGGGAGGGAAAUGGAAUAAAGUUUGGCAGGAAGCUGUGAAGUGAGUGGAUUAUGGAGCUGGUGUGUGAAUGGCGAGCGAGGUGUGGAGAGAGCCGAGGACCAAGCCAUCUUGAAAGAGAUCCUAAUGCAGACCCACCGUGGAGGAGAAGGAGCUGCGAGAGAGGGAGGCAGUUCCUGAGAGCAUGUGGAGCAGCAGGUCUGAGGAACGAGCCUGGGUCAGGGUUCUGCCCAGCUGCUGUGACCCAAGUGAUCGGUGAGUGCUGCCGUCCUGGUUCUGCAGGAGCUGGACGAGGGAGAAGUCACAAGCCUCAGACCUUGCCCGGACCUCAGGGAGGUGAGGGACAGCGGGGCUGUGACAAGCUGGGCUCGCUGUGCCCAGGAGGGACGUGCAGCCUUCCAGGGCAGGAGCUGUGCAGAGGAGGACAGCAGUGAAAGCAGGCGCUGCAUCUUUGCAGGUCAGGAUGAGCCGUCCUCCCUCUCACCCCGAGCUUCCAGAGCAUCCCCCGUGAGCUCAUGUGUAGGGAUCAAAGUUUCUGGGGGGACGUGGGGGCAGCUAAGACUGUACUCUGUGGCCCCAACAACCUACAGGUACGCAGAGCUCCUCACCAGUCUGUUCCUCAUAGCAGGGACUUGAUGCAGGUCAGACCAAAAGCAAUAGGUGAAAAUACUCUUUUAAAGUAGUUUACAUGUUGGGAGUUUUAACGAGAGCAGAAGACCCACUUGUUGUCUGGCUGGCUCCCCUGGACAAAAGCAGUUGUUGAGUGUCUGCUGUGCUUGCAGCAGCUUGGGCAGACUCGGAGGUCCUGGCGGUCUCUCUCUGCCAAGGCUUAAUUGCUUUUGUGGUUGACAACAGCGCUGAUUUCCCUGGUAGACGAGGUCUUUCAGCACUGUGACAGCAGGUGUGAGAGCGGAGAUCGCCCCAUCCCCUCCCAGGACAGCAUCUGUUCCUGGCUUCUGUGGUCCCUUUGCACACAAGUGGGAUGCCUCCAGCUCGUGUUGCUGGUGAUCCCUGCUCUGUUUCCACUGGUGGGCAGUGGCUUGGCAUCCCAGCCCCUUCUUUGCCCAAACCAAGGGCCGUGCAGCUCCCUGCUGCUUCCCCAGAGCUUUGCAGCCCGUGUGGCAUCUGGCUGUCCUUGCAGCCUGCCCUUGCAAGCUGCAAGUUGCAGGGAACGAUGCUGUCUCUGUCCAGGCCAUGGGAGAGAAGGAGGGACAGUUCAGAGCUUCCUAACCAGGGAAGGAAGCUUUUUUCUUGCUUUUGCCUUUUUCCCUUAGUUUAUCCCCCUGUUUAUCUUCACCCCUGGCUGCAGCGAUGGUGCCUGUCUGUAGCAGCCCACUGAUUUCAAAGCCUCCAGGUUCCCCAGCUACUGGGCGUGCAGGCCUAGCUCCCCUCUUCCCACGCAGCUGCCUUCCCCAGAAGAUCCAGCACCCUUGUUCCCAACGAGGACGUGCUCUGUGUCCUGCUGGGGAGCCGUUUCCCCAGCUUUAUCCCAGCGUCUGGGCUCAGGGAAGGCAGAGUGUCUCUGCAGUGCACGUGAAGGCAGGCAGGAGGGCUCGCAGUCGUUUCCCCUUUACCCGCGGUUCAGCUGAGAUGCCCUAAAAUGAGGCUUUCAGGGUGGGAUGCAGUGGGGGGAGGUUGCCUCUUCCGUGGCAUGUUAGUGGGAAAGGAGAUGCUGCUGGUGUGGGUCAGAGCAAGUGUCAGACCCGCGUGCUGUCACUGCCUCCCCGUAGCGUGAUGGUGGGCAGCCCCUGAACCCCCGCACCCCUGGGCGCUGUAACACUGUAAAAUAGCAGGUUUGUGGUUGGUGAGAGGUUUUUGGGUUGUAUAUAAAUAUUGUAACCUGGAACUUUUUGUAAUUGUUUUUAAUAAAAGGGUGUUGACUAGAUGCA